AUGGACUCUGUCAUGGACUGGCACAACCUGGAGCACUUUUUUGAAACGUAUAUCUUAACUGACACAAAACAAGAGGAGAUUAAAGAUGUAAUCAAAGAACUCAUGAUCUGCUUGGAACAGAACAACACAGCUGAACAUAAUACUUUGGAUGUCUUGCCAAGCAACAGCACCUUUUCUAUUCCCCCUUCAGUUCCAGAAAACCCCGUGGACCUCACAUUCAAACCACAGAUACAUAACGUCUUGUCUACAGCAAGGCUCGGCUGUAAAUUGGACCUAAACUUUAUAGCCAGAAACAAGUGGAACUGUGAGUACAACCCAAAGACUUUUCCAGCAAUCACCAUAAGAAUCCGUAAGCCAAGGUCCACAGCAAGAUUGUUUAGAAACGGGACCCUUGUUUGUGCAGGAGCCAAGAGCAUUGACGAGUCUCACCGAGCAGCCAGGAAGUUCGCCCGAAUAGUGCAAAAGCUCAACUUCCCGGUCCGCCUUCUGAACUUUCAAAUCAAGAACAUUUUGAGCUGUGGCAAAUUCUUCCCAGUUCACUUAGCAGAUGUUCGACAGGCAUAUAAUAAAGAGUGCAGCUACCACCCGGAGCUGUUUCCAAGUCUCUUUUUUCGGGGGGUUCCUGGAAUCACUGCCACCAUCUCUCCAAAUGGGUAUGUAAUUCUAAAUGGACCUCGAAGUACUGAAGAGAUCCAUAAAGCAUCAGAAGCCAUCUCCCUGAUCCUGAGCCCCUUCAGGAAGCAGUGA